CAGGCAUCCGGUGUCGGAGUGAACCCCGAAUGUCUCGAGGCCUACCAGGAACUCAAGUUGCGCAAGACGAUGAAAUACAUAAUCUUCAAUUUGAACAAGGACAACACGGAGAUCAUCGUUGAGAAGAAAUCGGAUUCAAGCAACUACGAGGAGUUUUUGGCUGACCUGCCGGAGAACGAGUGCCGAUGGGCCGUGUACGACUUCGAGUACGAGAAGGAGGGUGGUGGAAAGAGGAACAAGCUUUGCUUCAUUGCCUGGUCGCCCGAUGAUUCAAAGAUCAAGCAGAAGAUGUUAUUCGCCUCGUCGAAAGAUGCGCUUAGGAAGACGCUAGUUGGUAUCGCUGCUGAGAUUCAGGGUACUGAUCCCAGCGAAGUUGCGCAAGAAACGGGUUAG